UGUUAAUUUUUUUAGAGAGAGAGAUGUUAUGCAUCCUAAUUAUUAUUUUAGCGUCUGCAGCAAAUCAACAAUAACAUCUAUACUAAACUUAUUGGCGAACUACUACCGACAUGUAGGCUAAAUGUGUAAUAAAUUGAUUACAUUUACUUAUGUUAUGUUGUUCAGUUGUUAUAAUGUCACAUCCUGCAUUAAAUAGCUCCAACCCUCAACUGUUGCUAUGGUUACAGUCUCAAGCGGGGGAUUCUUUCAUUUAUAGUGCAAUGUUAUAUCGUUACUUUUCUAACUUAUAAUGUUUAUAUUUGUACAUUAACAACAUUUCAGUACAAGUCUGAGUGACAAAACGAUAUUUUUUUUACCGCAACGCAUAGGGCCCAGAUUAUUUUCGACACUGUACAUAUGCUUAUUAUAACGUUAAAUAUAUUCGACUAAAUGUUUUUAGCGUCUAGGUAGAAUCUUUCCUCUGACAGCACGUUGCUUUUAGAAAGCGCGUCAGUGUCCAAACUAGUCUAUUUGACCAGGUUUUGAGGCUCCGUCUUCUUAUGGCUAUAAUGUUACAGGAGAAACAUCUGUUGCUGUAUCCUCCUUGCUAUAGUUUGUGAGAUACCCGUCCGCCGCUAGGGUUUGCUACAGAGAUUUCCUCCCGCUUCGAGCGUCUCUGCCCUCCGCCAGCCUUCAUGCGGUCAGGAGAACCAGCCGUGUUCCGCCGUCAAAAUGCACGCUUCAAGGCUAGGAAAGUUUCAUUUAAAAUCUCGGACUAAGUGAAUGUCUGAAGAGUCGCGGUUGGGCUGAGAAACGCAACAGCAUGACGGCCAAGAGAACCGCUUUCCAGCCGUUGUCCAGCUCCCGCAUCCCAGCGGAGAGGAAGGGAGCGGCUGAGCGCGUUCCUAACCCGGAGUGCUGUGACUUUCCCCCGCAGGAGCCGGAGAAAGCAGCUGCGUCCGCCUCGGGGGUUCCCGCCGUGGGGGCUGUCGGGGGCUCGGGGCCGGUGGUGGACGAGUCAUCCGACAGCGAAGGAGAGCAGGAAGGGCCGCAGAAACUCAUCAGGAAAGUGUCAACCUCCGGGCAAAUACGAAGCAAGACAAGCGUGAAGGAAGGGCUUCUUCUGAAACAGACAAGCUCGUUCCAGCGUUGGAAAAAACGUUAUUUCAAGCUACGAGGACGGACGCUCUACUAUGCUAAGGAUGCCAAGGCGGGUGGCGUUUUGGCCCGCUGGCAGUAUCGGGUCUCUCGUAGCCGCGUGUGCUGGAGGGUGCUUUCCGUGUGCUGGACCGGUGCCCGCCGUCCGCCGCCCGCUCUUGGCGCCAGUGGAUCGGAGGAAGGCUUGGUGGCGAUUCGGUCUCUUAUUUUCGAUGAGGUGGACCUUUCAGAUGCCAGUGUUGCCGAAUCAAGUACAAAGAAUAUCAACAACAGUUUCACGGUAAGAGGCCAUUUCCAGGAAUGCUGCAAAUAUCCACAAUAUACAGCAAAUAUUAAGAGAGUACAUUAUAAGUGUAACAUUAACUACAAGACCACCAGAUUCUACAAGAUCACGCUGUUCUCAUAGCAACAAGUGAGCCAAUUCUACAAGCGCUGUGGU